GGCUACUGUAUCGUGUUUGUCACAAUUGAAAAUUUGAACCGGUCGGUCGUGAAUAUAUAUUGCUCUUCGUAAUUGAAAAGGGCGUAUCGCUAUAUUUUGUUUAGACGCGGUAAUUUCAUCUAACAAAUUGACCGUGCAGUGAUUUAUUGCAACAAGCUAUACAUAUAGUGAACAGUUUUGUGCUAAAAAUGGGUGCAAAGGUGUCCAGAACUGAUUUUGAGUGGGUUCACACCGAAGAACCACAUGCCACUCGCCGGAAGAUCAUCCUAGAAAAAUACCCGGAAAUCAAGAAGCUCUACGGCUACGACCCCAUGUUUAAAUGGGUGGUCACUGGCAUGGUGCUGACCCAGUUCGCCAUGAUGCCGAUUGUCCAGUACAUGAACUGGCCGAUGCUGCUGAUCGUCGCGUACUGCUUUGGGGGUGUUAUUAACCACUCCCUCAUGUUAGCUAUUCACGAAAUAGCCCACAAUCUAGCCUUCGGGCACAAUCGUCCACUCCACAACCGGCUAUUUGGGUUCUUCGCUAAUUUGCCAAUCGGUAUACCAAUUUCAAUUAGCUUCAGGAAGUACCACUUGGAACAUCAUAAGUACCAAGGCGAUGAAGUUAUAGAUGUUGAUCUACCAACAUUGGUGGAAGCGAAGUUAUUUUGUACAACGGGUGGAAAACUUUUGUGGAUAAUAAUGCAGCCAUUUUUCUACACAAUCCGUCCGUUGGUGGUGAGACCCAAACCGCCACACCCACUGGAGCUCGUUAAUCUCAUUAUACAGUUGUUCUUCGAUGCGAUCGUUGUCACAAUGUUUGGUUGGAAAGUACUUGGAUACCUGAUAAUUGGCUCAUUGAUGUCAAUGGGAGUCCACCCUGUUGCAGGUCACUUCAUAUCAGAACACUACAUGUUCCGUAAGGGUUUUGAAACGUAUUCAUAUUACGGACCCCUAAAUUGGAUAACCUUCAACGUUGGCUACCACAACGAGCACCAUGACUUCCCAGCGGUCCCCGGUAGUAGGCUACCUGAGGUAAAAAGAAUUGCUUCCGAGUUUUACGAUGAUCUACCGCAACAUCACAGCUGGUCCUCAGUCAUAUACGAUUUUAUAAUGGAUCCAGACAUCGGUCCAUACGCUAGAAUCAAACGCAAGCACUAUGGCCUUAAAAGUUAAAUUUAAUACAUGAAAUGUCACUCAGAAUGGCAGCGGAUUUAUUAUUUAUUUAUCAUUUCAACAAGUUUAUUAUAAUUAUAAGAUUUGUUAGUUACAGAUUUAGUUUUAAUAUAAAUGGACAUCGGCUUUUAUUCUUAUAUAGUUAUAUCAU